AUGAGUCUCUACGAUGAAGCGUUAGAAUGCAUGGAGAGGGCUGACAAUUUUCUAACCAAUGAGCUCACAAAAGCAGCCGAAGAAGGAAUCGCAAAAUGGGUCAAAGACCUACUAUCAAAUAGUUGUGAUCGACUCAUAAAUGACCCAACCAUAAUCUCAACCUACGCGAAUCCAGAACGAGUAGAGUUAGUACGCCAAAAGAAAGCGAAUCUCUUCGAACUCCGGGCGCACAUCCUCACAAGAGAAUGCGCUCUUCUUCAGGCGCUUGAUCGCAUCUCUGAGUUGCCUCACCGAGCCGUGAGAAUGAUCCGUCUUUGCACAAAGGAGGCGAGAGAUUUGAAGAUUCCUAUUCCAGAAUUCCAGUUGCACUUCUGGAUCUUUUUAACCUCCCUUCAAACCCUGGAUAUGUUCCGACGGGGAACACACUGUGCACCAAAACCAGAAGACUUUAUCAAUCUUCGACGCAAAUUCUUACAAACUAGCAAUCUUUUGCAACAAUCAGACGAAGUACCCAGUGAAAAUUCCUCAUCUAAUAACUACAAUUCUGGCCAUAUGAAUACAGAAGAGGAUUCAAACUUUCCUUCCAAUAACUUCGAAUCGAAUGCUUCAACUCUACUAUCGGCAAGAUUUAAAGCUUUAGAAUCUUUGGAUUUACUGGAGGAUAUUUCUCUGCAGACAGAAGGAACUUUUAACAUUCUUGCCAGAGCAGUUCUUGCUUCUGUUGUAGCCGAUGAUCAAGCGAAAUGUGGCCGUGGAGCAGCUCAAAAUCAGGAUCUUGUUGGGACGAGCAAAUGGACAGUGGAUCUUUGGCGAAGGGCGUGUGUCGCACUCUCACGUCUCGGUCGGCUCGCUGAUCUCUGGCCCGAUCCUGAACGUAGAAUGACCAGGGGAAUUCGUCCAGACUCGUACAAUGGAGCUAUGCUCAUUUCCAUCAUGGAUAUGUUUAACAACUCCGCUAAUCGCAGUGCUGACAUACCAUUGAGUGGUCGAAUCAGUUUCGGGGGUUCUUUUGGAGCUCAAAUCUCCAUUGCGUUUGUAUCUUCCUCAUCUUUUGAAGAAUUCUAUCGCAAAUUUGCUGGAGCUUGUAUAUUCUUUCAAAGCUGUUCAAGUGCUAAACGAGGCGCCAUAUGCAUGUCGUUGGAGUUAGCGGACUUUUUCAGGUUAGUUACAUCUUGUGCAGAUGGUGGAAACUUCUUAAAAGCUGAGGCACUCUACCACCAGGCCACAAAGAUAUUUUUGAAGGAAUCCUGGAUGGAAUUGGCUACGUACUCCCUCCUUCAGCAGGCAUUUUGUCAAUAUGUUCAAUGGAGCACAGAAAAUGUUGAAUCAAUUGAAGCAUCAGUAUUUCGACGAUAUGUCCAAACGGCUCUAAUUCUCGCAAUAAUACCCUCCUCAAAUCUCAAUCCCUGCUACGAACUUUUAAAGCGUCGAGGCGCCUACAUUGACAGCUUCUUUGAUGAAGAUACAAUGAAUUUCUGUGGGUCAUCCUAUGAUAAGAACACCAAAGAAAGCGGUGAUUCAAUGCGAUUUUUCAACGUCGAUCUAAAUUCCGAAGGAAUUCGUUCUGGUAUCCUUGCGACCAAGAACGACUUCUCACAUUACCCCUCAACAGAAUUCAGUGACAGUGCAGAUGCGCGACAAAGUAUUGGUCACCGAAACAGUACUCCUUCACCCACUAACGUUGCUAAUUCGUCAUUAUUUUCACCUAAGGAAUCCGUCAUUCAACGCUUUUUCCGACGGUCAAGUACGAGAGGGCGGUCCGGAAAUCAAUUCUUCAAAAGACUAGCUGUAAAUUCUAAUGACACAAAAGAGGAAAAUCGACCUCUCCGCCGUCCAACCUCAAUUGAUUUCCAGUCAUUCCGUGGACGAUUGAAUACUCUAGAAAAAGUAACUCCCCUACCCUAUCAUGAGAAAGGUAUGUCCACUUCUGGUAAGUCUAGCGUGGCGGAUGAGUCAGUUUUCUCCAAUGGAACUCCUGUUCGUCGGCACAAAAAGGGAUUCAGCCUCACUGAUUUCUCAAGUUUCACACAGUCUCUUAAACUUUCAAAGAACGAAACUUCCAAAAAAAGUAAUGGGCAGGAUAAUCAGAAUGGUGAAAUUAAAACCACAAAAGCAUUUACUUUUGACAGAAAAGAUACAACCUCCUUUUACUUCCGAUGCUUGAGCACAAAUCUAUUUCACUGUAAACUUCCUGAAAGUGCUGAUAAGCCAGUUGACGGGGAGGAAAGCGUCAUGACACUCCAACCAGGAGACAACUAUCUUCUAAUGGAAACCCCGGAUUGUGGAUUUCAUCUGCCAACUGAAAUUAGAAUCACCCUCUAUAAUGACGAGAAGAGCGCUAAAUUGAACAAACCAUGUUUCAUAUUUUCAAGCGCCAUCAUUGCUGAAUUUUUCACAUCUACUUGGUGCAGCGAGCCAUUGUUAGAACGUCUGCUGCCAAGAGUUGAACAGAUUGAAGCCCUGCGGUUAUCAAAAGUGUAUAAACUUCCCAUGAAUCGUCACCAAGGUGCUUCAGCAGUAGUAAUGUGUUCCUUGAAUCAGCCCGUUUUCUUGACAGUUCGAGUUGGAGAUCUCGCUAUCGGACAUUCCGACAAUCGGGUUGUAGAUGGAAACGGAUUGGGAAGUGAUUAUGGCGGUGAUUUUCACAUUCAUCUCCGAAAAACACCCACAGAUCAAAAUACUCAUUCAGACCCAGUGUGGAAUCAGCGGUAUACAGUUGAUCCACUGGAAAAUGAGGAUAAAAAUGAAAAGAUAGAAUCGUGGAGUGAUCUAGGUGAACUUAUUCUGGCUCCAGGAGAGAAACCUCAAAAAUCCUCCAAUCAGUAUCUUCCAGGUACCCGACUUUGUCCUCCUCAAAGCUACCUCCUUCGGCCUAAACUUGACGAACAGAUUUCGGUGAUCUUGCCCACAGGUCGACCUUAUCCAAUUCAUCUACAGCCUGUUGGAGUCUUGAUCUUCAAUGCCAAAGUUUCAGCAUUUCGCAAAAAGAGCCUCUUAGUUCAACUUCGAAUCGGAAUUCGUGACAUCACUUGUCCAGUUCUCGGUUCUGUAAACGAAAAUGACAAAUACUCCCACCACAAUCCCUUUUACUACCAAGAACGAAUAGCCUUUCGAUUGUCCUCCCCCAAACUAGAGCUCAAGCCUUUCCCAGACUCACAGCCCUCAGGAUCUCAAAGUCGAAACUCCUCUUCCUCCACCCUACAAUCUCAAAUAUCCGCCACAUCAUCAUCGAGAGGAAAUGCCAAUAUCCGACUUCCUCUACCGCCAAGCACUCAACGGUCAAUCAGUGUUGUUGAAUUCGCUCCUCCAUCGCCAGGUAUGCUUGCUGCGGCCGCACCCAUUUUGAGUAAAUCUAAUGUUGCAGAAAAUGCGUCACAAAAUCACAAGGAAGUCGGUCACUCCUUUUUCUUCUCGAAGGAUGAGGAUAGUGUGUCAACAGGGUCUGGAGAUAAGGAAUCCUCGGUAGACUCGUCACCUGAGGACCCCAUUCAAUUUUUGGAAUCUCCUGAUUUUGAGGGAGUAUGUAUAUACUUUCUACCUCUACUUAAUUCCCUAAUCGGCUUUUAUGGUCCUAUGCGGUCCGUCGAAUUGAAGCGUAUUGUUCUCAUGCGUAAUGCUACAAUUGACUUAAUUUUGCUCCUCGAACAAUAUUUAUGUCUCCUCCUUAACCAGAUAGUCAUUUUGUCUAGAGGUAUCUGCAUAAUAGUUGUGUCCUACAAUCGGCCAUUGACAGUGGCAUGGAGUGUAGAACAAGGUUAUUUCAACAAAAGCCUCCGUCCAACAUCGAAAGCUGACAGUGUGGGUGUUAUGGCUAAUUUCUCCUUCCUUGUUGGAUCAAAAUAUGACUCUAUUAAACCGCGGGUGCACUACACUUGCAAUUUUACGGUGAGCUACGGAAAAUCAACUCAACAAAACGGAUUUGGUGGCCUAUUUUCUCGCAGUGGGCAGAAGAAUAAGUUGACGCUAGUAGUAGAUGAGGAUGUGUGGCUGUGA